AUCAUUCCCCCUUUUUCCAUCAUUAUUAUUACCAUUUUUUUUUUAAAUUUAUUUAUUAUUAUCUUUAUAUAUACAUACAUACAUACAAACAAAAUCAAUACACAUAGGAGAAGAAGAAAAAAAAGUUUGAAGUAAUACUGCAAAUUAAACCAUAAUUCAUCAUGAGUCUCUUUGGCCUUGGCAGCAGAAACCAGAAGACUUUUCGACCUAAGAAAAGUGCUCCAUCGGGAAGUAAGGGUGCACAACUUAAAAAACACAUUGAUGCGACUUUGGGUAGUGGAAACUUGAGGGAAGCUGUACGCUUACCCCCUGGUGAAGAUCUUAAUGAAUGGCUAGCCAUAAACGCUGUUGAUUUCUUUAAUCAAGUGAACAUUCUUUAUGGGACUCUCACCGAGUUCUGCACACCAUCAACAUGCCCAACAAUGACAGCUGGAGCAAAAUAUGAGUACAGAUGGGCAGAUGGAGUUACUAUCAAGAAGCCGAUAGAAGUAUCUGCUCCUAAAUACGUGGAGUAUUUGAUGGAGUGGAUUGAAACUCAACUUGAUAAUGAGUCAAUAUUCCCUCAGAAAUUGGGUGCACCAUUUCCUCCCAAUUUCCAAGAUGUAGUGAAGACAGUAUUCAAGCGGUUGUUUAGGGUAUAUGCUCAUAUAUAUCAUUCACAUUUUCAGAUGAUUAUGAGUUUGAAAGAAGAAGCUCAUCUCAAUACUUGCUUCAAGCAUUUUGUCCUAUUUACAUGGGAAUUUCGAUUGAUUGAUCAAGGGGAGCUUGCACCUUUAUAUGAGCUUGUUGAGUCCAUCCUCAAACGUUAAUUUUGUCUUGGCAAUUAGUAACCAGCUUUUGUUUGCGAUUAUUCAUUCAUUUUUGUUCUCUACAAUUGCACUCCUUUGUUCGUCUUAGUUCUAUAUUUGAAAAUGUAAACUCGAUAGUCUUAGAUGUAAUGAACUGGAAUUUUCUUGUGCA